AAAAGAAUCAACAAGCUCCUGCGUCUGCAUUGCGGAGCUCAUCACAUUCAGAUUUGUUUCACCUUCCAGUCAAAAACAGCGGAGUCAUGCUGUUCUUAACUCUGUUCUUCGUGUCUUCAGCGGCGGCCAUCCCUCUCCUGGGCACUGAACAAUGUGCUCGUGGGCCUCCCUACUGGUGUCAGAAUGUAAAGACUGCAUCUCUGUGUGGAGCUGUGACUCAUUGCCAGCAGAAUGUGUGGAACAAGCCCCAGAUGAAAACGGUGCCAUGUGACUUGUGUAAGGAGGUGGCGAUUGUGGUGGCGCAGAUACUGAAGGACAAUGCCACUGAGUCUGAGGUUCUUGGAUACCUGGAGAAAGCUUGCCAGCUCAUACAUGAUAAAGAUAUGACGGCAGAGUGCAAGGAGUUGGUGGAUGAUUACUUCCCUAUCAUCAUAGGAAUCAUUACCGGAGAACUGGAGGAUCCUGGUGUGGCUUGUGGUGCCAUUGGGCUGUGUACAUCUCAGCAGGCAGCUCUGGCUAAGGUUCUGGCUAAGGCUCAGGAUCCGGAACAGCUUAUGUCCAAUGAAAUCCCUCAGGUUGACCUUUCCCAGCCAAUGGUUCCUUUCCUCCUCAAUGUCCCUGGACUGCUCUAUCCCCAGGAGAGGCCCAAGCAGGAAGCCUCCAAACAGGAGACUCCAAAGCAGGAAACUGAUACUGUGUGCGAUGAUUGCGUCAAGUUUCUAACCGAUCUUCAAGCGCAAGCCAAGGCCAACGCCUCAUAUUUUGACAGUCUCAUUAAAAGUUUUGAGGAACAGUGUGACCAGCUUGGAGAAGGCUUGUCUGACAUGUGUAAACAGUAUAUUAGCCAGUAUGGUCCCGUUAUUUUCCAGCAGUUCAUGUCCAUGGAACAGCAACCCAAGGAUAUUUGUGUUGGCGCCGGCUUCUGUGCGGCCGCUAUGAAGAAGUCUGUUCCCAUGCUGAAGUUGGAGGCUGCCAAGAGGGUACCCACUGCCAAGGCUGUACCCGCUGUCAAACUUGUCCCUGCCACCAAAGUGGAGUCUGCUACUGACAAGUCUGCUAAGCCCAUGGUGCGUGUCCGUCAAAACCCAAGUUGUGCCAUCUGUGAGUUUGUGAUGAAACAGCUGGAGAGUCUGUUGGAGGAUCAGACAACAGAGGAGCAGGUGAUUCAAGCUGUGGAGAAGGUGUGCACACUUCUGCCCUCCAGUCUGAGUGAACAGUGUAAGAGUCUGAUUGAGGUAUACGGCGAGGCCAUCAUCGAACUGCUGGUGCAGGAGGCUGACCCCGAGUCUGUGUGCACAGUGUUGGGACUUUGCAAUAAUGCCAGACGCGCAUAUGUCCCUGCACUUGACCAAACUCGCUUUAAAGCUGGUGGCUUCUGUGAGGUGUGCAAAAUGGCUGUCAAUUACAUAGAAAGAAUUCUGGAGAAAAAUGCUACAGCAUCUGAGAUUGAGGAGGCCGUGAGGAAAGUGUGCCUCUUCCUGCCCGACUCUCUGCAGAGUGAGUGUGACCAGAUGGUUGAACAGUAUGAGCCAGCGCUUGUCCAGUUGUUACUCCAGAUGCUUGAUCCAGACUUUGUGUGCAUGAAAGUGGGAGCCUGCCCUGAAGCUGUGCGCCGGCUGCUUGGAACAGAGCAGUGCAGCUGGGGACCUGCGUUCUGGUGCAAGAACAUGGAAACAGCCACUCGGUGCAAUGCUGUGGCUCACUGCAGACGCCAUGUGUGGGUAUAAAGCCAGGAAGAUCGCCAUACACUGACCUGUAGGGAAU